AUGUGUUGCCAGGGAGAAAAACAUAAGUUGGGCAUUAAAGUGAGUCUAACCCAGCAAAACCGCAGCACAGGAUUUUUUGGCAUUAAAAUCAUUGAACUUUGGUUGGAUUAUUUGUAUUCAUACUCUUCAUCAUUGGAAAGUUUUCAGUUGAAAAAUGGUGGUAGAUCACAGAUGGAUUUAAGAGGAUAUUGCAUGGUCUUCUCAUUUUUUUUGUUUCUCUAUUUACUUAUGGUUGGUUCUUCUUAUGGUUUUCUAGAGGUGUUGAGAUAG